UAAGAUUCUUCUGUAGAUCUGAAUCAUAUCAAGCUCACCUUAAGAUGCUGGCUCUUACAAUAAUUCUGCAAGAGCAUUUAGAAAGGGGAGCAGAUAAUGUUUCCCCUGUGUUGCAAACCCAGCUUUCCAGUUUGUACCUCUUGGUCAUACCCUACCAUUAAAAAACAAUAAAACAUUGACAAUUGAUUGAGCUGUGAGUUAUAAUUAUUUGGGUUCAUAAAUAUUCUGCUUUAUACAUUGUAAACAGUUUAGGAUUAAUAUUUUGCUUUUGUUUUCUGUUAAUGUAGGACUGGAAUAAAACCUUUGGGAUAAACUACAAAGCUUGCAAUCCAUUGGCCAUGGAGACCAGUCAGGACUCUUCUGUGUUCCUGGUCAACAUUUUAGAGGAACUGGAUACCAAGCAGAACACGGUUUCCUAUCAAGAUCUCUGCAAAUCAUUGUGUGCCAGGUUUGAUUUGUCCCAGCUGGCCAAGCUAAGGAGUGUGCUUUUCUACACUGCCUGCCUGGAUCCUAAUUUCCCUGCCACCUUGUUCAAGGACAAAAUGAGAUGCACAGUCAACAACCAGCAGUCCAAGAAGAUCAUGGUGGCGGCAGACAUAGUGACAAUAUUCAACCUCAUACAGAUGAAUGGAGGCAUGGCCAAGGAAAAGCUUCCAGUUGCCAGAGAAAAGGUGAGGAAGAAAGAAUCGGUGGAGGCUUGCCCAUCUGACCCAGAAGUGUGUGAUAUGGUGGACUGUGUACUUAAUUGUGAAUUGAGGGAUGGAGAAUUCAGCCAAGGGUAUUCAAACCUGAGGCCUCCCAAAUGCAGGAAGGUGGAUUGCAAAGAUUGUCCACAGUUUGUCCCUGCUUCGGAGCCAAACUUUUUGCUCGGGGUCAAUAAGGAAAUAAAAGGCCGAGCAGCUUCCCUUGAUCGUUUGCAGGCCUUGGCAUCCUAUACUAUUGCCAGCUCUCCCCCUUGUGAAAUGCAGAGUACCUAUUUUCCCAUGAACAUAGAAACCGAGUCUAUAUCAGAUCAAGACUCCUUACCUAUCAGUGCAAGCAUUAAAGAGACAUUCAUUUCGAAUGAUGAGCCCUUUAUAAUGCAGUCUUGUGUUCAGAAACGUAACAUAUUCAAGGAGGACUUCCACAAUCUCAUAACUAUCACACCCAACUUGAUAUCACCCAAUGGUAAACCAGAGGAUGACCUAGUAGAGCCUCCAAGCAGGAAGGAGACCUCCAAGCAGCCAUUCUUCAAUCAUAGUUUUGAAAUGCCAUAUAGCAGUCAAUAUCUGAACCCAAUUUAUUCCCCAGUACCUGAUAAAAGGAGAGUCAAGCAUGAAAGCUUAGAUGAUCUCCAGGCAUCUACUUAUUUUGGACCCACAACCAUCCUUGGAACACAGGAUACCAAACGGUGGUUGGGAAAACCAAGCAAACAAACACCUUGGCCAGUCAAGAGUUGGAGCUUGAAUACUGAAGAAGUACCUGAUUUUGAAAGGUCUUUUUUUAACCGGAAACAGUCAGAAGAGAAACCUCGAUACCAGGGUUCAAAUGGCCAGUCUUCCAAUUUUCCUGUUUCUGAGAGACAUCAACCUUAUCUUAGCCCAAAGGAUCAGCAACCAAUGUUGCAGCCCAACUAUGCGAUGAAAUCAAAUGGGCAUAAAUCCAAAGACAUUCCUUCCAUUUUAGAAGUGGAGAAGCAUGAGCCCAUCAAAAAAUUUAAAGAUAAAAGUAUUAACUGUUCCUCUGUUCAGCUACUAAGCAUCGACAAAACCAACAGUGUUGGGACACAGACAGAUCAACAAGGGCUGGAUCACAAGAAGUGCAAGGAGAUGGGCCACCCAAAUCCGAACAGGUACGGGGAACGACAUUCUCUCAAGCAGUCAGAUGAUGACUCUGAAAUUGUAAGUGAUGAUAUCAGCGAUAUCUUCAGGUUCUUGGAUGACAUGAGCAUCUGCGGGUCUACAGGAGUGAUGCAGUCAUCUUGCUACAACAGCACUGGCUCGCUUUCCCAGAUACACAAAUCUGACUGCGAAAGCUCCCCCGAGCAUCACUUAGCAAAAAUUUCCAAUGGGAUUGCCGGUAACAAGCUCGACAAAGUGUCUCGUUUGGAAAUCAGCGGCACAGACGACGAGCUGAAAACCAGUGUUUGCAAACUAGUUCUAAGGAUCGGGGAAAUCGAAAAGAAACUAGAGUCUCUCUCAAGUGUCAGAGAUGAAAUUUCCCAGGUCCUGGGGAAGCUAAACAAAUUGGAUCAAAAAAUCCAGCAGCCAGAGAAAGUAAGUGUCCAGCUAGACCUUAAUUCCUUGACGAGUGAAGUUCAGUCGGAAGAAAGCACCUCCCCUCGGAUAUUUUCAUGCCACAAUUCUUCGCACGGCAGCAAACUGGAGAAUAAUCCAGACUGGUGCUGUUCAGACGCCAGCGGCAGUAACAGCGAAAGCCUUCGAGUGAAAGCCUUAAAAAAAAGCUUAUUCACUAGGAGGUCCUCGAGGUCAUUGACAGAAGAAAACAGCGCUACAGAAUCCAAGAUUGCCAGCAUCGCUAACUCCCCUAGAGACUGGCGAGCGAUCACAUAUACCAACCAAACAGGCAUCACAGAGGAAGAGAUGAAAGACCGAGGCGGGGAUGAAAACAAAGACUGGCACAGGAAAUCCAAAGAGGUGGACAGGCAGUACGAAAUCCCUCAGGCGCACAGACACUCGAAACCACCCAAAGAUGCUUUCUUGAUUGAGCAAGUCUUUAGCCCCCACCCUUACCCUGCAUCGCUCAAGUCUCACAUGAAGACCAACCCUCUCUAUACGGACAUGCGGCUGACAGAACUUGCAGAGGUCAAGCGGACGCAGCCAUCCUGGACCAUUGAGGAAUACACAAGGAACUCGGGCGAGAAAGGGAAGCUGGCUUCUUUGGAUUUACAAACUCAAGAAUCAUUAAACCCCAACAAUUUAGAAUACUGGAUGGAGGACAUAUAUACACCAGGCUAUGAUUCACUAUUAAAGCGCAAAGAAGCUGAAUUCAGAAGAGCAAAGGUGUGCAAAAUAGCUGCAUUGAUUGCAGCAGCUGCCUGUACAGUUAUCCUUGUCAUCGUGGUUCCCAUAUGCACUAUGAAAUCAUGAAUCCAGUGGCGGAUGAAUCAAUCACAGCCUUGUAUAUAACAUUACAUUGCUCCAGAUAUCCUGUUCAGUAUUUUCAAUAACCACCUUAUUGGCAAAUAUUGUAACCAUUCACGAGAAAGGAUGUUCCAAGGGAAUUCAUCAUAUGAGCAUGUCAAGAUGUUUCGGCUCCGUAUUUUAUUUUUUCCUUUUUAAAAGAAGCUCAUCCUUUUAAAACCGCGAAGCGUUUCGCAGACCUAACGGCAACAUGGUUUAAAAUUUUACACGUUAUGACAAGUGGAUUUCCCCGCCUUUCUGCACUCUUUGGAGAGAAGAUAAAGCUAUUUUACAAGAUUGCAAAUGGAGGAAGAGAGAGGAUUUUAUUCUUCCACGUACUAAUAGAAAUUUUAUACGGAGGUGUUCUAGAUGACUGGUAAUUCUUGUACAGUAUGCAUUUCAUCAGAGAGAUACAAGCUGUGGUAGCGUUCUCUGAAAUUUGAAAAAUCUGAAUGUAUUGUUUGUGUGUAUGUGUGUGUUUUGGUGGUUAUGUAUUCUUUGUUUGUUCCGUUUUGAAAGCAGAUUCUGUAGCCAUGGGAUGGGUGAGUUCUUAUACUUGGAAUCCAAAAGGGCUCUUUGUAACCUGGUCUUGUUGCAAGACCUUAUUGUUAUCACUGAAUGCAUAGGUCAGGGAUGCAGAAUGUUUAGCUCUUCAGAUGUCUCUGGCUUGCACAUCACAUCCAUCCUAGCCAGCAUGGCUAGUCUUGAGGGAUGAUGGGGGCUAUGGCUCAACAUCUGGAGUGGCACCUUUUCUCCAUCCUUGACAAAGGUGAAGUGCCAUCUGCUAUAGACCAAAAAGAUUCUGGUGACAAAGCAAUUCCCGUCUGAGGUUUUCAUUGAGUGCAUUGAUAUCACUUUUCCAUUGCUAGCAAAUGCUCUCUCUCAUCCUUUCAUUUUUUUAAGGUGUUAUUUUUGCUCUGCAGAAUUUUGUAGCAAAAUCAUUUGCACUCCAUUCAGGCCAGAUGAUAACAAACAAACCCAGUACAUUUCCAUUGUCCUGUUCUGAUUCUUGGAAAUAUCAGCAAAAUUAUUAUAAAUCUAGGGAAAUGCAUAAAAACUCCCUUGAAAGCAGUUCUGGAGGAAAACCUUUUGCCUGUAUGCUGAGUGUGAGUAUACUGGCCUCAAGCAUAUCCUCCAUGUACUGUAUUUAUUUGGAGUACUUGGGGAGGGCUCUUCCUGUGUAACAAAGUAUGUACAAAGAGUUUCUCUACUCCAAAGCUAAUUUAGGGCCAAACAUGUUGGUAUACAUAGAGGGAUGCUUCUCAUAAAUCUUGGAGGGUAUGGCCAUUGAAGACAUUGGCAGGGGAUGUGGCUGCCAGGCCUGACUCCACUCUUUCCCUUUAGUGCAUUCAGUGAACCUGGGAGUGGAUUCAUCUUUUUGCAACAACUGUUUUGUGCCUUUUGGAGGGUAAAGAAGUAGGGCUCUCGGGUUUUGUGAUUUUCCCUUUGUUCCAGCUUUUCAAUUCACAACAAAACAGAGUUUCAAGCCAAUAGUGUAACCCACAGGUUAAGAGUAAUUCUAACUCACACAUGUUGCUUUCCCUUGUGUAUAUCUGAGCUUUUUUCAAAUGUGAAAAACUACAUCUAUACCAUGCGUGAUCCAAAUAUUGUGGAAAUAAGGGAGUAUGCUUGUUUGGAGAACUGGGUUUGGUUGCGGUUCCUUUUUGUGUGUAAACCUGAUUGCAAACCUGGGUUCAAGGAAGAUGUGAAAUGAUAUUGAUUUGAAUCAGUUUAUUGAUAGUUCAGGAGAGAUUUAUUGAAUUCUAAACUGAACAUGGCAGAUUUUCUUGCUGUCUGACUACCCGUUUUUGAAAUUUCUUCAUCAUAACUGAUUUUGGCUUCAAGACUAAUUUAGUCCAGGAGUGAUGGUAGCUGGAUCAAGGAACAUGCAUUUCAAGUAUACUUGAAUAGCUGGGUGACACACAUCUAGUUCCCAAUGGGGAUAUGGAGCUACUUAUACAAAUAGUCUGGGGAGAAUAAAUUGUCUGAAUAGGACGUUAGGCAUGUUUUUCUCCUUAGCCCACAAAAUAUGUGUAGUUUUGAAUUCUAUAAGACUAUUUACACAUUAUACCAGUACAGUGUAUUCUCGAAAGAAAGGGAGAGGUCAGGAUUCGCUGGCUCUACUGGUUGACUUUCAUGAAUGUGGAUUAGUAGUGCCUGGAAAAGUUAGUUCUUUGAAUACAGUUCCCAGAAUCCCCAGCUAAUCUUGACCAGGUUGACUGGGAGAUGUAGAGCGAUUUGAUCCUAGACACUUAUCCAAGCUCAACAGGGGUGUCUAGGCCCUCUUUUAAAACAAUCUUCAUUUUACUAAUUGUUCAUUUGCACUCACAAUGAUUCAGAACAAUACAACAUCCCAUUAUGAACCCAAGCUUUUACAUGCAAUAAGGAGCUCUAACCGCUAAAAGCAAACAGUAAAGCAAAACAGGUUUGGGUAAGAAAGAGCUAGAAGUUUAAUUGUGCAUGUUUUCUCGGACGUCCCAUUGUGUUCGGUAGGACUUAGUUCUUAGUAUAUAUGUUUAGGAUUAAAACUGACGUAUAGAAGCAAUAUUUUAAUGUGAUUUUUCAUAAAGGGAAUACAACUCUAAACCCAAAUGUAGCAUUAAUAGGGGAGGGAAGACAAGAAAUCUGUCUGGACAUUUGCAUUUCUUCAUCACAGAGUUUGCUUUGGAGAGGAAAAGAAAAUACUUCCCCUGAGAAUGGUUGGUAUACUUAGAACUGGAUGUAACUUUUGAGCAGAGAUAUCUAAGCACCUUCCAUACUUUGGGUGUGUGGACAUCAUUCCCUCCAACAUUUCAUAGAUGAAAACUGGGACACAAGUGGCUGAGCAACAUGAGAGUGUAGUGAAAUGGAGUGUGGCCUGGCAACAAGAAAAUUAAAGUAAUUAAUCUAGAAGUACAUAAACCUACUAUUUCAAACAGUGAAAGCCUGGAAUUUACGUAUCAAGUUUAGCAAAGCCUGAAAAAUAUCCCAAAUGAGUUUAUUGGGAAGGGCAAGACUCAGUCUCCUCUCUCCUUCCAAUUGAGUCAACUGAGUGGAAAAUACUUUUCAACUUUGAACUCAUUUUGCAGCAUUUGGAGUAAGAUGAGGAGGAAAGUAGAAAACUUAGGACAUUUUAAAAGCUGCUCAAAAAGUGGAAUAGCAGAGAUUUAGCUGGAACUGUCCUUGAAAAACCAGGGCAGUUGGGGAUAUGGAUGUCAGUAGGAUGUGAAUGAUGGGACUAAAAGAAGUAGUCCCAUUCUCCCCUUCAUAUGUACACGGUUUCCAUAUACUGCAAUAUAUGAACAUCCCUUCAGCUUAGACUGAAAGCCACAUAGCACCUUUUGAGUCUAUGUCUUCUGUCGGUGUACUGCAGCCUGUACUGCAGCC